AUGUCCCAAGACAUUCCCUCAAGACAGUCACAAGACAGGACCCAAGACAGUCACAAGACAGACCCAAGACAGUCCCAAGACAUUCCAAGACAGUCGCUGCUAAGACAGACACUAAGACAGUCACAAAGACAGUCCCAAGACAUUCCCAAGAUAUUCCAAGACAUUCCUGAAGAUAUUCCCAAGACAGACCCAAGAUGUCACAAGACAGUCCCAAGACAGUCCAAGAUAUCUGCAAGACAUUCCCAAGAUAUUCCCAAGACAUUCCUAAGAUAUUCCCAAGACAGACCCAAGACAGUCACAAGACAGUCCCAAGACAAUCCUGCAAGACAGACCCAAGACAUUCCCAAGAUAUUCCCAAGACAGCCUACAAGACAGUCCUGUAAGACAGUCCCAAGACAGUCCCAAGAUAUUCCCAAGACAUUCCUAAGACAGUCCCAAGAUAUUCCCAAGAUAUUCCCCAAGACAUUCCCAAGAUAUUCCCAAGACAUUCCCCAAGAUAUUCUAAGACAGACCCAAGACAGUCACAAGACAGUCCCAAGACAAUCCCAAGACAGACCCAAGACAUUCCCAAGAUAUUCCCAAGACAGUCACAAGACAGUCCCAAGACAGUCCCAAGACAAUCCCAAGAUGACCCCAAGCACAUUCCUAAGACAGUCCCAAGAUAUUCCCAAGACAUUCCCAAGACAGUCCCAAGACAUUCCCAAGACAGCCUACAAGACAGACCUAAGACAGUCACAAGACAGUCCCAAGACAGUCCCAAGAUAUUCCCAAGACAUUCCCAAGAUAUUCCCAAGACAGACCCAAGACAGUCCCAAUGACAAUCCCAAGACAGACUCCAAGACAUCUCUAAGAUAUUCCCCAAGAUGUCACAAGACAGUCCCAAGACAGUCCCAAGACAGUCCCAAGAUAUUCCCAAGACAGACCCAAGACAAUCCCCAAGACAGACCCAAGACAGUCCCAAGACAGACCCAAGACAGUCCCAAGAUAUUCCCAAGACAGACCCAAGAUGUCACAAGACAGUCCCAAGACAGUCCCAAGACAGUCCCAAGAUAUUCCCAAGACAUUCCCAAGACAGUCAUGCUAAAGACAGUCACAAGACAGUCCCAAGACAGUCCCAAGACAGUCCCAAGAUAUUCCCAAGACAUUCCCAAGAUAUUCCCAAGACAGACCCAAGACAGUCACAAGACAGUCCCAAGACAAUCCCAAGCACAGACCCAAGACAUUCCUAAGAUAUUCCUGUAA